AUGUCAAUUGAAUGCACUCCUCUAUCUCAAGAAUUUUGAAUGCCAGACAGCUCAGCAAAAUCUUGCUUUAAAUGUGAUAGACCAUUUACCCUUUUCCGUCGACGUCAUCAUUGUCGUUUCUGUGGGUUCAUUUUUUGUUCUUCAUGCUCAUAUCGAAAAGCUAAAUUGCCAAGUGGUUUUACCUAUAAAAAUAAUAAAAAAAUAAUUUUUAUUAAAAAUGGCAUUCAAAAGACUGAUUCAACGGAAAAAAACCUAUAACUGAUACUUCAGAAACCAUAAAUAAAUAAUUAAAAUAAAGUGGUUUUACAGUAGAUCGAAUUUGUGAGCAUUGCUUAUCUUUAUUUACACCCUAUCCUAAUUUAUCACACACAACAUUCAGUGGGGCUGUUGAAGGAUCUUAUAUUAGCACAACUUCUGUUGUAAUCGGAGAUGGUCCUUCACAAAUUGAAGCGGCUCGGGAAAUUUAUGAUUCUUCAAAGCUCAUUCAGAGCGAGGAAUUUAACUCAAUAGAAAAAGUGUCUGAAAUGCUGCAGGAAUUUCAAAAUAGAGAUAUCAUGUUUGAUUCUUACACUAAUUCCCCUCCGUGAGCAAAAAUAAACUGUUUUCACCCGAGCUAAUUUUUUAAAUAUUUAUAUAUAAAUAUUUUUUUAAAAAUUUAAAAAAAUCCCAAUUCGAAAUAUUAUUAAAACAAAUAUUAAUUUAAUUUAUAAAAUUAUUGUUUUAAAAUGCAAGCUGUUUAAAAUUAAGCAGAAUUGGUUAGAGAUUUCUUUACAAUUUAUUAUCACUUAUAUCUUUUUUAAAAUUUUUGUUGUGCACGGAUGGUGGGUUUUAUAUGGUUUUGCUCGCUCACAGGUGGAGUAAAGAAUUUUUAGAUGCUAGAGCAAAAACUUUAUUUAAAUCCCAUCAGAUUCCCGAAGAAUUAUUCUAUUUUUUAUAGAAUAAAAAAUAACAAUUUUAAAUAUAAAAAAUCUAUUAUUUAUUUAAAUACAGUAUGCAUAGUAAAAUCAUAGGAUUUAUCGUAGAAAUUGUAAACACAAUUUGUCCAUCUGUAAGGUACAGAAAUGAUCAACAAGACAUAAAUAAAUAUUUUAGAAUUGUGAAAUUUGAAUGAAAUGAUUUUAGUGCAAGUGAGUUUGUGAAUGGGGUGGUAUUUAAAAAGAACGUAGCUCACAAAAAAAUGGAAAAAGAAUUGAUAAACCCAAGGAUUUUAUUUUUGCAAGAGGCUUCUGAUUUUUAUGCGAGGGAUAGAAACAUUGUGUCUAUGGACAAGCUAAUUGACCAAGAAGCUUCAUAUACAAAAAUUUUUAUCAAAAAACUGAUGAAAAUCAAGCCAAAUAUAGUUAUUUUAGGAAAGGGGCUCCCAAAUGCAAUUUUAAAUGAAUUGUCAAGGCUUAAUAUUACAGCAUUUAUUAACGUAAAACCCAAAAUAAUGGUUCAGCUAUCAAGAGCAACGAAAGGAAAAAUCCUAGACCACGUUGACCAAGCUACAAGGAUCACAAAUUACAUCGGUACAUUACAUUACAUUACAUUAGAAUUUAUAUCGCUUAACGUCCACUACGGGGUUACAACUCCAGGUUUAUCACUCGCCUUUCGUCGCAUCGGGCCCACCAGUCUGCUGGAGACAAACUCGCUUUGAUCACCAGGGUGCUUCCAGGGCAAAUGUCCACGUCUUCGACGGCUCAUGGAUGAGCUACUUGCUUGUUACAUGGGUUGCUUUUCCGAAAAAACCCAAAAAAUGGAUUUUUUCUGGUCGGCUAUCGGCAAAAAGGAAAAAUGCAAAGCCUGGGACGUAACGCCCAGUUUCACGCUAGGGAGUUGCCCGAAUGGUCCAGAGGACUUUGCUGGGCUUCCCCUUUCCAACCUUGCACCCUCCUUCCCCACGAGGAAAAAUCCACCCCUGAGAAUAGACUUGGGCUAGGCUCUGAAAGCUACCAGAAUUGCUUACCUAGCAUUGCUGUCCAUCUCUGAAAUGGUAAAACCUUGCCGGAUAUAAUUAAAAUAUGAGUCGAGGCUGCAUGGCCGGGAGGCCAUGCCCAGACGAAGACGCCAUAUUUUAAUUAUGAAAUUACAUCGGUACAUGUGGCGAAUUUUUCCCAAAAACAGUCGGAAAUAAAGCCUAUGCAUUUUUCAAGGACCCAAUAGACACCUCAUUAGUCGGAAGUCUCUUAAUUUCUGGGCCAGAUCCUUCAGAUCUCAGCAAAAUCGGGACAGUUAUCCGGAAACUUUUACUGGAAUAUAGAAAUUCUGUCCUAGAAAAACAGUUUUUUAUCCAAUCCGGCAUAAAACCUAUCCCUGACAUGGCUUUAAAAUUCAACGAUUUAUUUAUGAAUUAUACUUAUCUUGUAACCUGUGGGUAUAAUUUAUGUAAAAAACCAGCAGAAAACAGUGUAAACUUUUACCAAGAAAAUGAUAAAGCAAUUGGUGAUUUUUUAUUAUCAUUUAUUCAGCAAUCAGAAAGAAAUUGCGACUCUGACUGUGGGUCGAAAUUAAUUUCGCACAAUUUUUACUUCAUAAAAAGCAUGGGAAGAAUCAAAAUAAAUUUCACUAAAAAGCUUGACUCAAAAUCGUCCACUUCAAAUGAUAUUUGUAUAGAAAAAGAAUGCACAGCCUGCUGCAAACAAGGAGGAAAAUGCAUUUUACUAUCAAAAUCUAGCUGGGAGUAUAGCUUUUAUAAGUACCUUAACAAUUUUUUCACCAAUAUAGACGUGAUCCACAAAAAUGCGUGCCACCAUGAUUUUUUCAAGCUUGGAAAAUUCAUUUUUUAUAGCAAAGGCUUCAAGGUGUAUAUCCAAUGGGAAGAAAACCCAAUUUAUGACUUAAUUCCUGCAUCCAGCUCAAAAGACCUGACGAGAUUUUAUCUAAACGCUACCAGAGAAACCUUUGAAGAACUCAAAACAAAUGGUGGAGACGUGCUAAAUGAUAUGCUUAAAUCCUGCUCAGAAAUGGCUGAGAGAUUAAACGGUGAAGGAAUCCUUGAAGAAACAGAAAAAUACGCUAAAUGGGAGCCGCUAAAAGAAGAAAUCGAAAAAAUCAAAGAACAAAUAGCUGCAUCACUAGUAAAAUUAUGUGAGCUCAAGCCUGAGGAUUUUCAAAAUUUUUUAUCCUAUCCCUAUUAAUUUGCCCUAUUCUGCCGAAAUCUUAUUUUUAUAGGAAAAUUCUUUAUAAUUACCAAUAGAAGUAGAAACUUUUCGAAGAAAUAUUUUUUUACAAUGCUGCAAUAUAAAAGUCCAAAUCCAAAAUUGGUCUACAAAUUUCAAAAGGCUGAAAGUUGGGUCAAGCUUAAUUAUAACACAAAGUGUUGUGUCAGAAUCAAGCGGGUCUAGUGAAGAAAACGUAAAGUCAGUGCUUACACAUAGCAGCACGGGCUAUGAUGAGAAACGGCAAACAAGUAAUGAUGAAACCUUUUUUAACCAGACAAGAGGCAGACAAGUGACUCUUGAUGAUAGGGACUUGUUUUCGACAUCUCCGAAUAGCUCGAUUGUGGCUAAGCCAUUUGAUGCGAUUUCUAAAGAAGAUGAAUUUUUGCAGACAGGACAUUUUACAUGCCUCAAAAGUGGAAAUUUGACUUUGCCAGUAGGGCAUGGAGGAGUCUGUGUGCCAGCAUAUGAAAAAAAUCCGUUGACAAUAAUAGCAUAUGCUUUGAAUUCUAAUAAAUAUUAUGAAGAAAUCAUAGAACCAAGCAAAAUAUAUGAUGGGAAUAUCACAAAUACUCUUGAAGCUAAUUUAUUAUGCUAUUUUAGCUAAAUUUGAUAAAAAUAAUCAAUUUAUUUAUUAAUCUCAGUCAGAUUUUUUAGUGAAACUUGACUUAAUAUAGAAUAUCACAAGAAGAGCAGCAUUUCCAAAUUCAAGCUUCUACUUAUGAAGACGAGAGCUUUGAAAGCAUUGACAAAGAAGAAAUCAGAAGACUAUACGGCUAUCACAUAACCUUUAACAUCACAAUUUUCUUCGCAAAACAAUUCCAAGCAAUGAGGACAUUUUUAUACGGUGAGCAUGAAAAUUUUAUUUUAUCCCCUUUUAUAUAAGCCUAACUUGCUUAUCAGAAAGCCAUUAAUGCUAAUAUUUAUUAAAAUAAUUACCAAUUCAAGCCAUUUUCUAUAUCAAUUGCAAGGAAUCUUGAAAAAGAAAGCUCACUAGGCAAAAGUAAAGCAUCAUUCACAAAAUCUCAUAAUAAAAAGUAUAUUAUGAAAAUCGUCGAAGAAAAAGAAUUUCAUAUGUUUAUUGACCUCGUGCCUACAUAUUUCAAGCAUAUCAGCAAAAAUCUCUUCCAUUCUCAGCCUUCAAGGAUCGUAAGAACUAUUGGCGCUUUUAAAAUAUCCAUAAAAAAUCACACCACAAAUAAAAACCGCACACAAUGGGCUUUAUUGAUGGAGAAUUUGGAAUUUAAUAUGCCUUUUGACGUGUAUACUUAUGAUUUAAAAGGCUCUUCAAACAGUAGAAGAUACGUAAAAGAAGGGCAAAAAAGGACCAAAAUGGAUUUGAAUUUUUUAGAAGAUAUGAAAGGGAUUCCUAUAACUAUUUCAAAAGAAGCCAAAAAAGUGUUUGACGAAGCUGUUUGGAAAGAUACUCAUUUUCUAUUUAAACAGAAUGUGAUCGAUUAUUCUUUAUUAGUAAUAAUCUCACAUCAGCAGCGAAAAGUCGCUGUAGGGAUCAUAGACUAUAUAGAAAAAUACACCCUGGAAAAAGUUAUCGAAAAUAAAUGUAAGUCAGUCGUCCAAAGUAAGCCGCCGACUAUCACACAUCCAAGCUCGUAUAAGGACAGAUUUCGAGCUCAGCUUACACAGAGUUAUUUUAUGUCUAUUGAGGAAUAA